CCAAAAACACACAUUGAUCAAAUAUCACAUCAAAAAUUCAAAACACACUACCCAAAAAAAAAAAAAACGGAAUUAGCUGCCCAAUUUUUCACUAAAUCGCUCGAAGCUAAUAAAAUUUCUUGAUAAUCUAUCGCUAAAUAAGAUUAGCGCCGAAUUUUUCUGUUUAGCUACAGAAUUUGUCCGUUGCUAAUUCCUAUUUUUUUUAUUAGUGACAGUUUAGACAAUGGAUUAUUCACAGUACAAUCAUCUUGGUUUCAAUGAGAAUGAUACUGAAGACAUGCUUCUUCUCAAUGUUCUAUCAGAAGCUGGUGAAAAUUCAUUUAAUAAUAAUCUUCAUGUCAAUAAACAAGAAACACACUCGAAAGAGAACGAAGGAGCAAAUUAUAGAGGUGUAAGAAGGAGGCCAUGGGGAAAAUACGCGGCGGAAAUAAGAGAUUCAACUAGAAAUAGCGUUAGGGUUUGGCUUGGAACGUUCGAUACUGCAAAAGAAGCAGCUUUGGCUUAUGAUCAAGCUGCGUUCACGUUGCAUGGGACAAUGGCAGUGUUAAAUUUUCCAGUGGAUAUUGUUUAUCAAUCGUUAAUGGAGAUGGAGUGUGGAUUUGAAGAAGGAUGUUCACCUGUUUUGAUACUGAAGAAAAUGCAUUCUAUGAAAAAAGGUAAGAAUAAUAUUCAUAGAAAGAAAAAGGAAAAAGAGAUGAGCUUUGAAAAUGUGUUGGUUUUGGAGGAUUUAGGAGCUGAUUAUUUGGAAGAAAUUUUGAGGUUGUCUGAAGGUUGUUGUGAUCCUUCAAUGUCUUUCUAGUAUUUUAACUAGCAUGCACGCAGAGAUUUUGAGUUAAGGAUGACAAACGGGACGGAGACAAGUUAAGACUUUUUCCGCUAAAGUUUUGACAUGUCAUGUCCUGUCCCGGUUAAGAUUUUCGUUACUUACAAAUUUAAUGAUCUGUUCUUACUAUUUCUUUUCCUCAUUUACUACGUACUCGUUCAUAUCCAUCGACAUGUAUGUAUUUUUUUUUAAAUAUUUUUGAUACUAAACCCUUCUCUUCUUGUACUUUAGAGAAGGCAAUGAAAGGCCAAUUUCACUGGAUUUUGUC